GUGCUGUGACGCCAGCAAGGUUUGGCGAGCUGGUGUUUGGACCCAUGCACACGGAGCCGCUUGUUAGCGCUCUUGCACCUUCCCUAACGGUUGCCAGGCAGCACCAAUGGGCCCUUGCCAAUGGCGACUGCUCAAAGAGUUAUGCCCACAGGUCCUUGCAUGAUACUGUCUGGAUGACAGACAUAGGGCACAUGCGCUGGUGACGUCAGCCCUGUUAAAAGGGGUAAAAACAACAAGCAGGUCUGCUUUGCCAUCAAAAACGGUAGAAGGAAAUAUCAACAUUCAGUUGCCUGGUUGUGUCAAAGUCCUUGAGGAGAUACCGACCAGGAGAAAUCUGUUGUUGCCAGUAAGAGAAUUUUUCUAAGCUUAAGACAGAUGCAAGACAAACAAGAUAGUGUGACGCCAAGUAGGGAGAUGGGCUGCCUCGUUUAUUGCAAUUGGCUGUUAUCAGCCUCAGGCUUAGGCUGCACGACGAAAGACUGUCAAUGCCAAAGAAGUAGGCAUUGACAAUCACACAAAAAUACAUGUAGUUUUUUUGUGUGAUGAUAUGUGAACCGUUUCAAGGGUUUAAAAUUAAGGAGGCCUGCAUGAGAGCAAUGAGGUCCAUCAUGGUGAUUUUUUUUAUGAUUGUUGAAUUCAACAAAAGGAUAUGUAAUCCACUGGACCCU